AGCUUCGUUUCCCCAUUCUGGUCAUUCUUUUAUACUCAGUAAAGAUCCUCAACGUCUUUGGAAAAUGUCGUCCUUCGACUUACUCAAUAAGUGGCUUCCACCUAUCUGGUCACGUGAUGUCCACCGAGAUUGUCCCCAGUCUUUCUGAGUGUUUGAACACGUGUGUAACUAAGAUCCGCUGCAAAAGUUUGAACUUUUGUUCAAAAGAGAAGUCAUGUAUUUUAAAUGACGCAAGAAGACAUGCCCACCCAGAAGAUUAUGGAACAAAAGCAGGAUGUAUCUACAUGGAUGUGUUUGAAUCACCCAAGAACCCAGCAAAAGCUUUUUUUCAGUUGAAGUCUUGUGCAGCAAUACAGCAAGAAUGGCCUCAGGCGGACAGUGGAUAUUAUUGGAUAACGAUUGGGAGCAGAGAAGUUCAGGUUUAUUGUGAUAUGACGAGCUAUGGUGGCGGUUGGACUUUGGUAGUGACCAUUAGCUCCAAGAGCAACGAUCACCUUCAAGGUGCUGAAGUACACUGUUUUAAACCCACAUUGUGUGUUCCCUUUGUCGAAGAGAACAGCGACAUCGUGGCGCGAAAAUUAGCAGACGAAGAUAUACACGAAAUGUUGCAUUUUGAAGGAACUUUUAGAGUUGAUGUUUUGGAAAAGACAGAAACUUACGCCGUUUUUUACCAAAUACCAAAUGGCCCAGAAAAGUUUAAUUCAACAUGUGGCUAUGGAACGUGUCCACGCAUAAUCAUUUCUCAUUCUUAUCCUUACCAAUGGGAGACAAACAAUUGUACAAAUAUUGACAAGGGCUACCGCAUUUACCGCGGCUGCCACAGAGUCUUCGACGGACAUGACGAUGGGGAGUGUGGUCAUAAGCAUUGGUGGAAGUCAUCAAAAUACCCUGGAAGACGAGCCUUGUAUGGUUAUCCACAGUGCCACGUCGAAAAUAAUCAUGGAAUCUACCUCAACAACUCAGGGAUGUUGUUUGUAAAAUAACCCUGCUUCAGAGGAAUAUGACCCUCAAAGACGAGCAUUUUAUGGUUAUCCACUGUGCUACGGCAAUAGCCAUGGAAUCUCCCUACACAAGUGCCGGAUGUUGUUUGUAAAGUAAUCCUAUCUGGGAGAGAUUUGGAGGAAUAUGUUUUGUUUUGAUUUUGUUUUAUCGUUACUAAUGUCCUGUGAUGACGCACGCCUACGCCUAAAAACGAAAGAUAAUUUUUUUGCUUUUUAUCUAAAUGUAGUAUUACUUUAAAACAAAAUUUUCUUAAGCUAUCUCAGAUCACGAGUUUAGAAAAUAAAAUAAUUAGACUUUUACGGUCCCUGCUAUCGUAUAAAACCUGCACCCUAGUCAAUUGAUUAUCUUAUAGGUAUGUAAAUCUUGAAGGAUAAUUUGGGGGUCCGUUUCCUAUUUAGGCGUUGUUAGAUACCCAUAUGAUUCCUAUAAGAUCGUGACAAUUAUAUUUAGUAUACUUGCUAGAUUCGGGUUUCCGAAAAUUGUUCAUUUUCUUACUUUGAGGAAAGGUUUUGCUCAAAUCAAAGAAAGAAAAAAAAACGAUAGGUCACUGUCCUCGUUUGGGAGAAAUUAUGAUUUAAAUCUUAAGCGAUCUACGGCCAUAGAGAAAAAGUCACCUCUUAUUGUGUGCGCGCGCUAGUUUGCUUUGAAACAGUUAUGCAUAGUAAGGAUGCAUAAUGCAGUAAGGUCAACUUCAUGUAACAAGAAAUCAACUGAAAUGAGAGCGCAAGUAAAAAACUUAAGCGCUACGACACAUAACUGUCUGUAAAUACAGCAAAAGUAGUAAUGAGACAAAAUAAA